AUGGGAUUGCUGGAGCAACAGAAACGUCUUCUUGUGUUGCUGAACAUAUUUGGAGUUGUUCCUAUACAUGCCCUCUUGAACAAAGAUAAAGUGCAUAGGGAUUCGUCGUGGCGUUAUGUUAGUUACGUUUUAACUGUACAGACCGUUUUAGCCCUUAUAGGCACUUUGGAAAUUGUUCUACCUACGGGACUGGAAGAUCUUCCAAACAUGGAUAAAACAUCACGAUUCGUUUCAAUAACAGGAUACUGUCACUGGCAUGUUAUCCUAUUUCUAAUUUCACUUCACAGUGCGAUUUAUUCCGAAAAACUAGCCAAGUUGUAUGCGAUUAUCGCCACAAUUGAACGGACAUACAGUCAGAUAAUCGACGCUCUUCAGGACAGUGACCUGCUGUUUGGAAUGUUGCAAGCAUUCAACAAUUAUUAUGGAUUGUUUAUGAUUGGAAUGUGCAUGACGGCAUUUUUGAGGAGCAGUUUUGUUUUGUGGAAGCAGUAUUAUGACAAACAUCUAAAUGGCGAAUCAGUAGACGAUGAUAGUAGUGCGCUAAUCAAAUCGUGGACGCGAGCAGCUGACAACAGAUUCCCAACACCGAAUCUAGUUGAGGAUCAGAAGGAAAUCAUAUGGUUGAAGAAUAAUAAAGAUCAACUGCCAUGUGACAGAGCAGAAAAGGAAGCCAAAGUGGUAUUCAGGGCACAAAACUGA